AUGUCUCGAGGCUUCUCAAGCCUUCGACGGCCUCUGCUAGGCUUGGGCGUCGUCGCCACCGCUGGAAGCGCCGUUGUCUAUUCUCGCACCAGGAUAUCUCACUCUACACACAAGCCGAUCGCCGAAGUCAAGCGAGAUAGCAAUGGCCGCAUCGUUCCGCCAUCGUUCCCCGCCAUUUCCUCCCGGCUGGAGCAGCUGGAGCAGCUGAAGCGACACAGCAAAGCAAACGAGAAUCUUGAAGAGUACGACCUCCUCAUUAUCGGAGCUGGCGCGACCGGCGCCGGCAUUGCACUCGACGCCGUGACUCGAGGCCUCAAAGUGGCCAUCGUGGAUCGCGAUGACUUCUCCGCGGGCACCAGCUCCAAAAGCACCAAGCUGGUCCACGGCGGCGUGCGCUAUCUCGAAAAGGCCGUCAUGAACCUGGACUACUCCCAGCUGCAGCUGGUCAUGGAGGCGCUGCACGAGCGCAAGACGUUCCUCAAAAUCUCGCCUCACCUCUCCAACUCUCUUCCCAUUCUGCUGCCCCUCAAGAACUGGUUCCAGGCCCCCUACAUGUGGAUUGGCACAAAGGCCUACGACUUGCUGGCCGGCUCACAGGGCAUCGAGGGCUCGUACUUUAUGAGCAAAAGCAAGGCCAUCGCCAACUUCCCUCUGCUGCGCUCAGACGACAUGGUUGGUGCCUUGAUUUACUACGAUGGCCAGCACAACGACUCCCGAAUGAACGUUUCUCUUGCGCUUACUGCCCAGCUUUACGGCGCCACCGUCCUGAACCACGUCGAGGUCACCGGCCUAGACAAGGACCAGAACGGAAGAAUCCGCGGCGCGACCCUUCGCGAUGUUCUGGGUAACGGCGACAAAGAGUUUACCGUGCGGGCCAAGGGCGUCAUCAACGCCACCGGACCUUUUACAGACGCCGUCGAGCGCAUGGACGACCCAUCGCGCAUGACUCUUGUAGCUCCCGCUUCCGGCGCCCACGUUAUGCUUCCCGGCAGCGUGUGCCCCAACGGCAUGGGCAUGCUCGAGGCGGCAACUUCCGAUGGACGAGUCGUCUUCGUGCUGCCCUGGCAGGGAUACACCGUCGCCGGAACCACAGACAAUGCUUGCGAGAUCGAGAAGGAGCCGGUGGCGCAGAAGGAAGAUGUGGACUUUAUCCUGUCGGAAGUCAACAAGCUUCUGCGGCCCGAGGCGAAGCUUGGCCAAUCUGAUAUCCUGGCCACUUGGUCUGGCAUCCGACCUCUUGUUCGAGACCCCAAAGCCAAGAACACCGAAUCCCUCGUACGAAGCCAUCUCGUCACCGUUUCGCCGUCCGGUCUUUUGACCUGCGCUGGUGGCAAAUGGACCACGUACCGCCAAAUGGCCGAGGACGCAGUCGAUGAGGCUGUCAAGACCUUUAGCCUUGCUCCAGCCGCCGUUGCCCUCCCCGAUAUCAGCGGUGCUGGUCUCCCUGGUGUGCAAACCACCGGCCGCUGCAUCACCAAAGAUGUUCCGCUCAUCGGAGCCCAUGGUUACUCUACGUCUCUUGCCUCUCAGCUCAUGGAGGCUCACCAUGUCGAUGCCGAUGUUGCCCACCACCUGGCCCACAACUAUGGCGACCGCGCCUGGGCCGUCCUAUCAUCUUCCAACUCUGCCGCCACCCGUCUGAUUCCCACGCUUCCCUUUAUUGAAGCCGAAAUCCGCCAUGGUGUCAGGUCCGAAGCCGCCUGCACUGCCGCCGACCUCAUCUCCCGCCGAACUCGCCUUGCCUUCCUCGACAUUGAAAACGCACUGCGCGCACUGCCUCGUGUUAUCGACGUCAUGGGUGAGGAGCUCAGGUGGUCCGGCGAUCGAAAGCAGCAUGAAUGGAAGGAGGCCGUCUCAUUCUUCAAGUCAAUGGGUCUGUCGCAGGACAAGCUCAACAUCACCCGCAAAGAGGUCGAAGCCCUCCCUGCUCUUCCCAUCAGGAAGCCCGAGGUGGCUGCUGCGCCAAAGGGGGUGGAAUUGGGCAAGCUCGAAGCCAACGGUGUCCUGGCAUAG